UCAACCCUGAAUGUCAUAGUUAGCUACUUUCAACUGGAAGCUACAACAUGGAUUUAUGGAAUCUGUCUUGGUUUCUGUUCUCGGAUGCUCUUCUCAUGAUUUCUGGCUUGUCAACUCCAGAAAACUUUGACGUAGAUGGCGGAAUGGACCAGGACAUAUUCGAUAUCAAUGAAGGUUUGGGACUGGAUCUUUUUGAGGGUGACAUCAGACUUGACAGGGCACAAAUUAGAAAUUCCAUCAUUGGAGAAAACUAUAGAUGGCCUCAUACCAUUCCAUAUGUUCUAGAAGAUAGCUUGGAAAUGAAUGCUAAGGGAGUUAUCCUCAAUGCAUUUGAACGUUAUCGCCUAAAAACCUGUAUUGACUUUAAGCCUUGGGCUGGAGAAACAAACUAUAUAUCAGUGAUCAAAGGCAGUGGCUGCUGGUCUUCAGUGGGAAAUAGGCGGGCUGGGAAGCAAGAACUUUCCAUCGGGGCAAACUGUGACCGAAUAGCAACGGUUCAACACGAAUUCCUCCACGCUCUGGGAUUCUGGCAUGAGCAGUCGCGUUCUGACCGGGAUGACUAUGUCAGGAUAAUGUGGGACAGAAUUCUGUCAGGCAGAGAGCACAAUUUUAACACCUAUAGUGACAGCGUAUCAGAUUCCCUGAACGUUCCCUAUGAUUACACUUCAGUAAUGCACUACAGUAAAACUGCAUUCCAAAACGGAACAGAGCCGACAAUUGUCACAAGAAUCUCAGACUUCGAGGAUGUGAUCGGCCAACGAAUGGAUUUCAGUGACUCUGAUCUCCUAAAGUUGAAUCGACUGUAUAACUGCUCCUCUUCCUUGAGUUUUAUGGACUCGUGCAGUUUUGAACUGGAAAAUGUGUGUGGCAUGAUCCAAAGUUCAGGAGAUAAUGCUGACUGGCAACGGGUUUCACAGGUUCCCAGGGGGCCAGAGAAUGAUCACUCCAACAUGGGCCAGUGCCAAGGUUCUGGUUUCUUCAUGCAUUUUGAUAGCAGCUCUGUAAAUGUGGGGGCCACAGCAGUGCUGGAAAGUAGAACGCUGUACCCUAAAAGAGGAUUUCAGUGCUUGCAAUUUUACUUAUAUAACAGUGGCAGUGAAAGUGAUCAACUGAACAUCUACAUCAGGGAGUAUUCUACAGACAAUGUGGAUGGCAAUUUAACUCUUGUGGAAGAAAUAAAAGAAAUACCCAUUGGGAGCUGGCAACUUUAUCAUGUAACAUUGAAAGUGACCAAGAAGUUUAGAGUGGUGUUUGAAGGACGCAAAGGCUCUGGCACAUCACUGGGUGGUCUGUCUAUUGAUGACAUCAAUCUUUCGGAAACACGGUGCCCUCAUCAUAUCUGGCAUAUAAGGAAUUUCACACAGUUCAUUGGCAGCCCAAAUGGAACUUUGUAUAGCCCUCCAUUUUACUCUUCUAAAGGUUAUGCCUUUCAGAUUUACUUAAAUCUAGCCCAUGUGACUAAUGCAGGGAUAUAUUUCCACUUGAUCUCUGGAGCCAAUGAUGAUCAAUUACAGUGGCCAUGUCCUUGGCAACAAGCCACAAUGACACUUUUGGAUCAAAAUCCUGACAUUCGACAGCGUAUGUCCAAUCAGCGGAGUAUAACUACGGACCCAUUUAUGACCACCGGUAAUGGAAGCUAUUUUUGGGACAGGCCUUCCAAAGUGGGAGCAGUGGCUGUUUUCCCUAAUGGAACUCAGUUUAGAAGAGGUGGUGGCUAUGGCACCAGUGCCUUUAUAACCCAUGAGAGGCUGAAAAGCAGAGAUUUUAUAAAAGGAGAUGAUGUUUAUAUCCUACUGACAGUGGAAGACAUAUCUCACCUCAACUCUACGCAAAUCCAGGCAACACCAACCCCUAGUGUCCAAGAACUCUGCUCAGAAACCACCUGUGAAAAUGAUGGUGUCUGCACUGUUCGAGAUGGCAAAGCUGAGUGCAGGUGCCGGUCAGGGGAAGACUGGUGGUACAUGGGAGAAAGGUGUGAAAAGAGAGGCUCUACCCGAGACACCAUCGUCAUUGCCGUUUCCUCUACUGUCGCUGUGUUCGCCUUGAUGCUCAUCAUCACUCUUGUCAGUGUCUAUUGCACCAGGAAGAAAUAUCGUGAAAGGAUGAGCUCAAAUGGACCAAAUUUGACUCUGCAAAAUCAGCAUGCUUUCUGAAGAUUAACUCGACAAUACGGCCAGCAAAUGAAAUUAAAAAGGAUUCUUCGUCAUGGAUUCGCCUAAGAGAUAUUACAACCGCCUCAUUCUUCUAAAAAUGGAUCUUUUUCUGUAAAUAGCUGGAAAUACUAUAAAUCACUAUUUUGGUCAAAGUCAA